GUUUCGGUGUAAAGGGAACAAUAAAUGGUGCAUUCACUGACAUCCACAUGAUGAAGAGGCGUGACUCUCCCCGGUCAUGUGAGCGUCAUCAGCGGCUCCGGGGCCAGAGAGCUGCCGGGACACGGUAACGCCAUGUCACCGGCUGACAGAUGCACCCUGGCGGGAUGAGGGACGGGAAUCUAAACGCAGAAUUCGGGCAGUGACAGCGACACCGACAGAUUGCUGAUGAAAUGAAGAUCUGAUAUAACGGUGCUUCCUCUUUCUCCAAACUCUCCCGUGCUGAUCCUAAAAUCUCCGGCCCUCCGCAGCCACGAUGUCCAAGUCUGCCCUCCUGAAGGUCAUCCUGCUGGGCGACGGCGGCGUUGGAAAGUCGUCCCUCAUGAACCGCUACGUGACAAACAAGUUCGACUCGCACCUCUUCCACACCAUCGGCGUGGAGUUCCUGAACAAGGAGCUAGAUGUGGACGGGCACCUGGUCACGCUGCAGAUCUGGGACACGGCGGGCCAGGAGCGUUUCCGCAGCCUCCGCACGCCGUUCUACCGCGGCUCCGACUGCUGCCUGCUCACCUUCAGCGUGGACGAUGGCCAGAGCUUCAGCAACCUGAGCAACUGGAAGAAAGAGUUCACAUACUACGCUGACGUCAAGGACCCGGACAACUUCCCCUUCGUAGUGCUGGGGAACAAGCUGGAUGUGCCCGAGCGGCAGGUGUCGGGAGAGGACGCUCGGCAGUGGUGUCGUGAGAAUGGAGGCCACCCCUACUUCGAGACGAGCGCCAAGGAUUCUACCAAUGUGGCGUCUGCGUUCGAGGCUGCGGUGCGUCGCGUCCUGGCGAUGGACGACAGAGCGGAUCACCUCAUCCACAGCAACACGGUGGACCUGCAGAGGAAAAAUCCGCCUGAGUCCACCUGCUGCUGAGCGGACUCAAAGCAAGUCACCCCUGUGGUGUGAGACACUGAGGAAAGAGAUACUGGGGUUUGCUCAGUAUCUGGAAGCAAAAACUGAACAUUUUGCGCAAAUAUUCUUCCACACGAGACACCCAACUCUGAUCCAGAUCUUUGUUGGGAGUGUGCUUUUUAAUUUAUACAAAGCUUGAAUGGACAGUUAUUUGACUGAUAUUUCUGAGUUGUAUUGAUUUAUUUGUCACUAAGGAACCUUAAAUAGAUGUGUGUGGACAAACCGGAUAGUUUAAAGGCCUUGAGGGAGGUAUUGUGACUUUGGUUGAAACGCUAAGUUAUGUCAUCUGGAAACAAACUGCCAGAAGUAAAAUUUUUGACGUCACUGAAGUGUUGGCCCACAAAAAUAGAAGUACUCUUAUCUGCCUCUAGUGAUUCAACAGUGAUGGUUCCUUAACAAUCAAAUUAAUAUUUUCUGGUAUUUUUUAUAAAUAAAUUACAAUUGGAAAACAACAAAAUGUACAAUGUUUAAAUUAUGUCUUUUACUUAGUUUUUUGUCUCUUAUUUGAGUUUAAUAUGUCUACUAACAGCCUUCUUAUUGUCUUUUCCUCUUGACAUACAGCUGAUAUAAAGGUACCUAAAACUGUAACUUGUCUAUCAAUUACAGGCAGAAACCACUCUUUCUGGCACUACAUUUGAUAGUUUUUCAAAUCAGUUUUUCCAGAUACAAAGAUUGCUUUCUGUUCUAAUUGAAUAAUAUUGCCAAACCAUGUGUGUUGAUUUAAAAACCCAGUGAUGCCAUUAACAAAUGUAUUGUUUCACUACCCUUCUUUCACUAGCCUUCUUCUAACUAUAAAAGUGGAGCACAACAGGAAACUCUGAUUACUUUGUGGCCUUAACAUUUAUUAGAAAUGUAUUUUGUAUGGUAUACGACUCCCACUGUUAAAUAAAACAGUCCCCAUCAAUACAA